AUGUCUGCACCUCGUUCUACUACCAUUCAGCUAGUCAAGCUCAUAUCUUUAUUUUCUUUUCUCUCAACUGGCAUUGUCAUUCAAUCGGUUAUUAUGGCCGACUUACUUGGUCUUGGAGAUGUGCCGCCUCGAGGCAUAGAUCCAGCUCUCGCUGAGAGCUGGAUCUAUGAAUCCCAGGCUCAAGAUAUAGCCCCUCAUCGGAACGUGGGCAGCUUCGUCAACACUGCUUGCAGCGAAACAGCCCAGAACCUCACCAAAUUGAACUUCCAGAAGAACCAGGCCUGUGUCGAAGAGUAUGCGUCUAUUUCAGAAUGUGCAGAGAGAUGCCUGGCGAUCAUUGGCCAUCUGUGGAAUUAUGAAGGCGAAGAUCCAGUCGCCGGGACAGCUACGAGUGGAUCUUCUGAGGCCAUAAUGCUCGCUGGCCUGGCCAUGAAGAGGUCCUGGGAGGAAACGUCUGCCAAUGCAGGGCGCCCCAACAUUAUCUUUGGCUCGAAUGCACAUGUAUGCGUGUUCAAGCUAGCCAACUAUUUCAACAUGGAAGCGAGAGUUGUCUCAGUAAGCGAAGCUACGGGUUUUGUAUUUGAUGUAUCGAAGUUGCCAAGUCUAGUAGAUGGCCAGACCGUGGGAAUCUUUCUUACCCUGGGUAGCACAUUUACUGGUCAUUAUGAUCCAGUCGCCGAUGUGUCACAGACACUUUCGUCAUAUAAGAUGAGCACCGGUCGGCAUGUUCCCAUCCAUGUUGACGCGGCAAGUGGUGGUUUAGUCGCGCCAUUCGAUCACGGCUCCAGUCACCGUCCCUGGGAUUUUCGGAACAGCCAUGUGCAGUCGAUCAAUACGUCAGGACACAAGUUUGGCCUAUCAUCCUGCGCCGUAGGCUGGUUAAUCUGGAGGGACCGGUCUUGCGUUCCACGGAGUCUCCAGAUCGAAUCAAACUAUCUGCGAGGAACACGCACGGACUUCUCUUUGAGCUUUUCUCGAUCCACUGCUCCCAUUGUGGUCCAGUAUUUCAAUUUCCUUGUACUGGGUUCUGAAGGAUACCGCUCGAAAGUCCUUGCCCUCCUUGAUAGCGCACGUUCAUUUGGAAACUUGCUUGAAGGCACCUCGCAUUUUCGCUGUCUUAGCCCUGUACAGCGUCAGUCAUCCAUGUUGGCACAUUGCAAAGAUCCGUGUCGUUCAUGCUCGGAAAAUUGUGCGGCAAAUCAGCCGCUCAGUCACUCUCAUUCCCAGGCAGGGAUCCCUGUUGUGGUAUUUACUUUCAAGCAUGACUACCAGACAAGCCAUCCCUUCGCGGCCAUUUCCCGCCUGAGUGAUUGGUUAUACGAACGUGGAUUUUCUGUCCCUCAUUAUGUUUUGAAUGGCUGGGGGAUGAACGGCGAUGACAUUCACGUUCUUCGAGUCGUAGUACGAGAGGAUGUUGUUCCUGAAAUGCCAGUGUUACUCGAUCUCCUACUAGAGGGAAUGGCAUAUCUCGAAGGGAAAGGGCCGACAGGCAUCCAGCUAGUAUCUUUCUUUUUCGGCUUCGGAGACUCCCGUUCAACCCAACAUUUGGUGUACUCUCGUUUCUCUUUUGGCAGCCCAUCUAGAAAGAAGUUCCUCGUAAUGACAUUCCAUUUGAAUCUCGGAGCAGAAACCUUCUCUUCAUCCAGCUACGACUUGAAUCUAGCUCUCCACGCCUCGGCCGAACUUUCCACGCCACCAGGAACUUGGAACCCAUGGAGUACAGAAGAGUCUUUUAGAAAGGAACUCAUCACAGGAACCAUAUGGGUCGAUCAGGGUGCCUAUUUCCAAUUGCAUCUCUACAUCACUUUCGAUUCGGAGCCAGGCAUACUGCUUGGCUCAAACUCGAAGUUCUUUUCUUGGUUAGGUGAUAUUCUGGGCAAGUCGAAGUUCUGGUCCGAACUCGGUCUCGAAGUUUCAUUCGAAGGUCCCAACAACAUUCUACAUGAGCAGCACCUCCCUCCGAAUCCCUACCUAUCAUUCAACUUCCGCAAAAGCACCGGAAAAUCUCCAGCAUCGAAGACGUCGAGAAUCCCCACCGCACUACAGAGCCCCUGCGACGCGCUCCGUGUCGAUAUGAUCCCCACUGUCUUCCUAUCGUCAAUCACCGUCAGACUAGAGUAUACCAGUUCCGGCCAGCGCGCUCGCCAACUCCUACCGUCGUGCUUGGCCACCGAAACGGCGCAAACCCCUAUACCGGAUACCACCCUCUACAACCGUCCAGUGGGCACAUUCCUCCACUACAAUCCACCCGACUUCUCCUUCGACCCGCUUCAAAUACCCACAGACAAGUUACAGUAUAUAGAAGAGGAACUGGAAGCCUUCCAGUCCCUGAUCUCAGAUACUGAACCACCUCCUGGACCUGGAUCCAGCCCGCCGAGCUGCUUGCGCGAGCUAACUACACUACUCAACACCGCGUUGGUAACUUUGAUCGUUGGAGCACGAAAAUCCACCCGCAAAGGCCUUCCAAGCGAGCAAGAAACCCAAGAACAACACCUGAUACCUCUCUCCCGCAUUGCGCCAUCGAUUUUCAGUCCUGGAUACCGCGACUCCAUGAACCAACGAGCCCAGUUCAUCCCCUCCGUCGCCAAAUCUAUCACGUCGAUCAUAAAACAUAGUCGGGAUCCAGGCCUCCAGAGCAACGCCAUUGGAUUCCAAUGUUCUAGCCAAUCUAAGCCAGAGGUAGAGGCCGAAAUAAGCAACACACAUGGCCAUGAUACCGCUACAGUGGGUCUCAAGAGCAAGCUAAAAACCUCGUUUUGGCGCGUCGCCGCCAAUCAAGUUCUUACGACGCAGAGGUGCCGAAAGAAAAAGCGCAGUGUCCUGAUCUUGGUCCCCGAGGUGGAGACGGAGAGCGAAGACGAACCGUCAUUUGAAGAUGAGAUUUUGUUUGCUGCGACACCCACAGACGAGAUUAGAUACUCCCUAGGAAAUGAAAUUAAUGGGGAUGGGGGAGACUCUGAUCGGUACUUAGGGACUGAGGAUGGGGGUUCUAUCUGUGAUGGAACCGACGCCGAAUCCUUUGAGACGAUUGAUAACGAGUGCAGUGAUUAUUCGGGAGAUUUAAUCGACUGUCAUGAGAGGGAGAUAGGCUGCGUCGACGGGUCUAUAUCUUUUUCAGAGGGUUUGGUGUAUCAUGGUCCGCAACGCAGUUGCGAAUGGCAGUCCGAUGAUCUGAAACAUCCACAAAGUCCUCUUCUCUUAUCGGAUGGGCCAAUAAUCGAGAACAACCCUCAUGAGGAAGCAGACGAAAUCAUGCUAUGCGAUAACCUAUAA